AUGGCCAUCCGCACGCUGGAGGAGGACGAGUCAUGGUCCCAUAUUAGAUCCGUCGUCUCGGAAAUCGGUGCUGAGGAGGCUAGGUUCGCCAAGGAGGCAGCUAGAAACGCCCUCUACGCCUUCCGACGUGCCCGCGCGCUACAGAGGGAGCUGGCUAAGACGCCUGUGUCCCACAGCAUUGCGCUCCAUAAGGAGCGCUAG